AUGCCGCACACGCAGAGCGGUAGCACUUCUCAACAACAACAACCGUCGCGGCCUCAGUCUGCUCGACAAUGUCCAUCAGAGAGCAUUUCUGCAACCUGUAUUUGCUGCUUCUCGUCGGAUCUUCCGGAACUCUCGCUAUGGUCGCCAGAUCAUGAUGAGAUGUCACCUUCGUGCACGACAUUGGCUACCAGUAGCUGUGUCGACACACCCACUUGCGAGGCGUUUCAGCCCAUCUUUCUGGACGCAUUCCUCAAAGGAUCGCCAUACCUGCUGGGCAUGAAUCAAGAAAUAUCCUGCGUCAACCAAGAGUUCGGAGGCGACUCCUGGCUUUCGGGUGGCGGUGAAAGCUUCUUGGUCGAUCAAACAGACUUGAACGUAACAAGUCUCACAACGGUCUCUCACACCGUUCUGGGACCUAUCAGCUCUGUGGCCAGUAAGAAUGAGAGACGAAAAGCGCAGAACCGAGCCGCGCAAAGAGCCUUUCGGAUUCGACAGCAAGAGGCGCUCACCGAAGCCAGGGCCAAACUGCGCAAGUUGCAAGACGAGAUCAAAGAAGCCAAUGCAACGAAGGACCAUUAUCAGCGCCUUUUCCAAGAUCUCACGCUUGAAUAUGAGAAACUGCUCAAUAAAUUCGAAGACAGCUUCGGGUCGAUGCGCAAGACUUUCAACAAGUCGUGA